UUAUAAUGGCACACCUCUAUUCUCUCCUUGAGAAGGUCAAAGAUCCGCUCCCACCUUACUCCGUGCACCUAAUCGUCUUUCAAAAGUCGAAGGAUUUCGAAGAAGUCGGUGUUUUUUAUAAAGGGUCUUUUUGACUUCACCAAGAUGCCGAUCAAAUCGAUAAAGGCUCGUCAAAUCUUUGACUCCCGUGGCAACCCCACUGUAGAAGUUGACCUUGUCACUGAAUUGGGUCUCUUCCGUGCAGCAGUGCCUUCUGGAGCUUCUACAGGAGUCCAUGAAGCUUUAGAAUUGAGAGACAAUAUUAAGGGACAAUACCAUGGUAAAGGUGUCCUUACUGCAAUUAAAAAUAUCAAUGACAUAAUUGCUCCAGAACUGUUGAAAGCAAAUAUUGAAGUCACAGACCAGAAAGAGAUUGACCAAUUGAUGAUUAAUCUUGAUGGCACUGAAAAUAAGUCGAAGUUUGGUGCUAAUGCAAUCCUUGGUGUUUCCUUGGCUGUAGCUAAAGCAGGUGCGGCUAAGAAAGGAGUGCCUCUUUACAAACAUUUGGCUGACUUGGCUGGAAACAGUGAAAUUGUUCUACCAGUUCCUGCCUUCAAUGUCAUUAAUGGUGGCUCCCAUGCUGGCAAUAAAUUAGCUAUGCAAGAGUUUAUGAUCUUGCCUACAGGAGCUACUUCAUUCAGUGAAGCAAUGCGUAUGGGAUCUGAAGUCUACCAUCAUCUGAAGAAAAUCAUUAAGGAGAAAUUUGGCUUGGAUUCGACUGCUGUUGGUGAUGAGGGUGGUUUUGCCCCUAACAUUCAAAACAACAAAGAUGCCCUUUACCUUAUCCAGGAUGCUAUUCAAAAAGCUGGAUACACUGGCAAGAUUGAAAUUGGCAUGGACGUUGCUGCAUCAGAGUUCUUCAAAAAUGCAACUUAUGACUUGGACUUCAAGAAUCCUAACUCAAACCCAGCUGACUAUUUGCCUUCUGAUAAACUAGCUGAGGUGUACCUUGAUUUCAUCAAGGACUUCCCCAUGGUUUCUAUUGAGGAUCCCUUCGACCAGGAUGACUGGGCAGCCUGGGCUAGUCUGACUUCUCGUACGCCGAUCCAAAUCGUCGGAGAUGAUCUUACAGUUACUAACCCAAAACGUAUCGCCACAGCAGUGGAGAAAAAGGCCUGCAACUGCCUUCUAUUGAAGGUCAACCAGAUUGGAAGUGUAACUGAAUCUAUUGAUGCCCAUUUGUUGGCCAAGAAAAAUGGCUGGGGCACUAUGGUCUCCCACAGGUCUGGGGAAACCGAGGAUACGUUUAUUGCCGACUUGGUAGUGGGCUUGUCCACUGGUCAAAUCAAGACCGGUGCGCCGUGCCGUUCUGAGCGUCUCGCCAAGUACAACCAAAUCCUACGUAUUGAGGAAGAGCUCGGUGCCGCUGCAAAGUACGCCGGCAAAAACUUCCGCAGACCCGUCUAAACUAUUAAAACACAGCGCAUUUGCUAAUUUAUGAAUGUCAGUUGUUUGAAAUUUUGAAUGUAGUUUAUCAAUGUUUAAUGAUACGCUGAAUGAGUUAAUUUCAUAUUUUCCAUUUAUUAUUUUAUGAUUUUUAUUUUAAAAUCUGCC